AUGACCAACCCGAGCCGUCCGUCGGCCAUGACCAGCCCGGGCCGUCCGCCGGCCAUGACCAGCCCGGGCCGUCCGCCGGCCAUGACCAGCCCGGGCCGUCCGCCGGCCAUGACCAGCCCGGGCCGUCCGUCAGCCAUGACCAGCCCGAGGCGUCAGCCAGCCAUGACCGAGCCGUCCGUCAGCCAUGACCGGCCCGGGCCGUCCGUCAGCCAUGACCGGCCCGAGCCCUGCACUAUUAAGAGCAUCCGGACCGGCUGCAUCACCGCAAGGUUUCCCCCGCCAAGCGGAGGUCACAGGCACCCUGUUCGUCACUCCAACAGGUUCCCACUCUACAUGAUGCAGCUCUACCGGACUCUACUCGAGGGAGACACCGCCAGGAUGCCAACUGUUAGCGCCGCCCAGAACAAAAACGAUGACAACCCCCGCCUUCACGACUCUGACUACGUACUCAGUCUGGUUGCCAAAAUCUGCCCUCUGCAUCAUGCAUUUCUAACUGAUUUUCUUAUCUCUCCAGGUUGUCACCAGAUCGGUGGGAGGUGGUCUGUCACCUUUGACAUGUCCUCCAUCUCUGCAAGUGACAAGGUCCAGCGCUCCGAGCUGCGGAUCCGCCUGCCUGCAUUCUCUGCCUCUGAGCGUGUCACUGUGGACAUGUAUCACUCCCAGACAUGCUCCUACUCCAGCCCGCCAUGCCCAAAGGAGGACCUCUUCCUGGGCCACCUGAAGGCAGAGCCAAGCUCUCUGACCUCCACAUCCAACUGGAGGGUGUUCAACGUCACCGCCCUGCUCCACUACUACUGGCUGCACCAGAGAGGCUCCGCACCUGUCCAGGAAGUGAGCAGGCCAUUAGAGAGAGAGGAGGAGGGCCAGGAGAGGGUCCUGCACCCCACAGCUGACCGGGUCAUGGUGGUGGUCUUCUCCAAGCACCAGGCAGAGAAACGGGCUCCCACCCUCAUCCACACCGCUGAGCACUCCAAGUACGUCACUCUGGACUGGGAGCGAGCUAGAGCUGGGGCCGACCCUCCUGACAGCAUAGAGGUAGAGGGCGGAAAAGGAACAAGUCGCAGGAAAAGGCACGGGCACCACCAGAGAGCAGGAGUGGCUUGGGUGGCCCCUGGUGUGGCCCCCACGGAGGAGAGGAAGGACCCGUUGUGCAGGAAGGUGGACAUGUGGGUGGACUUUGACCAGAUUGGCUGGAACGAGUGGAUUGUUUACCCCAAGCGCUACAACGCCUACCGCUGUGAGGGCAGCUGCCCUACCCCAGUAGACGAGACCUUCACCCCCACCAACCAUGCUUACAUGCAGAGUCUGCUGAAACUUCACCACCCAGACAGGGUCCCAUGCCCGUUCUGUGUGCCCACCCGCCUGGCCCCUCUGUCCAUGCUGUACUACGAGAACAGCGAGGUGGAGACACGGCACUUUGAGGGCAUGGUGGUGGAGGAGUGUGGUUGCCAUUGAUCAGCCUGUGUGCCAACAUGGACACCCCAUAGGCACUUUCCAUCCCAGGUAAACACCACUCUGUCCCAGCUUCUGCUCUCAAUGUGCAGGCCUCAAGAAGAAAGGUGAGGUGCAAAGGUGUGGGCUUACUCUGUGAGUGUAGUCUCAAAGCUCAAGGCUUUUCUACAAGGGCAGCUGCUGCUUUCAGCCAUGCUACACUAUGGAUAUACUGGACACUGAAGCAGACUGAACACAAGCACUGAAAAAGAUCAAGAGAAUCACUUAUAAUACCUGCAUACAUGUAUAAUUUAUAAUGACUAAUGAUUAAGGCAAACGCCGAUACAAGGACAAUGCAGACCCCUAAAGUGCUUUAAUUCCUCUGUAUGACCCAGUGUUUAUACAGUAUUAUUUUCAAAUGUAAAUAUUUCCUAUGAUAAAUGUAUUUUUUUAAAGGACCGAAGUAUGUUUAAAAUCACUUGAACAUUUUGGUUAAUAAAUCCUCAAUUAAUUGCAGUCUGCUUCUAUGGUAUAUUCUCACAACAGUUAGUAGUAGAGAGAACACACAAGGAUGAAAUGUAAAUGUAAAUAAAUGGAUGACAAAGA